CUUUCAGGUGGACGACUCAAAACAUACCGAACAUUCCCUAACACAUUGUUUACUAAGAAGCAUACAAUCCAGUGUUUCCGAAUACAUCAUCGAUUAAAAAGUACCACCACAACUACCCUGAAUCAGCUCCCCAAAAUCGAAACCAACUUCAACAAAACGAAUAUAUUUAUAUAUAUAUGGUCAAUUGUGUGCAAAAUCCUUGCAGAACUCGAUGCUUAUCAUCAUUCUGAAAGC